UCCUGAUGACGACAUUUUCCCGCCACUGGCUGGGUUGCGAUCUGCAGUGAGGAGGAUGCUGCUGUCUGGAGGAGUCACGUGUCCGCCCGGUACCGGAGAAUGGAUUACCGAGCCGCUCCGCUGUGUGCAGCGACUGUACGAGGAGAGUGCGGCUCUUCCAGGUUGGGAACAGAAGGUGACACAUUACUUCCAGGAGAAGAUACAAGAGAACCUGUCAUGCUGGGUCCCCAGUCUGAACGACGUUCCUCUGCACUACCUGAGACCCAACAGCCUGGUGAGAGUGCGCUGUAUGCUGCAGGACAUGUUCGAUCCCGAGUAUUACAUGGGGGUGUAUGAGACGCUGGACCACGGCAGCAAUGAGAGGGCUCUGCACCUUGGCAAGUACCGGGAUGUGGCAGAUUGUACGGUGAGUGUCACAGAGAAGAAUGGUGUCCCCGGGAAUGAUCUGGGAGGACUGUGCUUAUUUCCUGGGGUCACCUAG